AUGAGACGAAUCAGUGUAUACGGUCUCUGUGUGCUUCUACUUACUGCUCUUUUGACAUGGAGCACACUUGUCCAAGCAGCCAUAGCGAUACCCAGAUCAUACAUAGUAGAAUACAGCACCAACGGCCAGCAUAACACCGUUGAUUCAGAGCUCGCACCUUACAAAGACUUGUAUCAAAUUCACCAUGUAUACUCAUCACGACUAUUCCAUGGCAUGUCGUUUACAUUGAAAGAUGAUCCAGCUGUUACUGCGACUUUUGUUGGUGCUGGUAUCAACCCAGUAUCGUAUACUCAAGUCGACAAACUUCAUCCAGUGUACACGCAUCUGGAGCAACAUCCAGUGAUCAAGAACAUUUACCCUAUUUACGAGGUGCCUCGGCCUCAAUGGCAGCCAAACCAACGCAAUGUCACUUUUCCCUAUAGCAAUAACGAUGUACAGAUAUACGAUAUUCAUCAAAAGCUCGGCAUCCAAGGUCAAGAUGUGUUAAUUGGUGUUUUGGAUUCAGGCAUCGAUUACAAUCAUCCUGCACUAGGCAAAGGGUUUGGACCAGGUCAUAAAGUCAAGGUGGGUAAAAAUCUGGUGGAGCCCUCCAAUGAUGAGAAAUUCGGGAUUGAAUCCUUGGGUGAAGAUGAUCCGUUUGAUCCUUGCACGAUAGCCGAUUCAGGCCAUGGCACUCAUGUUUCGGGUAUCAUUGCAGGAUAUGACCCUGAAAAGAACUUUACUGGCAUUGCCCCCAAAGCAAAUCUGGCUAUAUUCCGCGUAUUUGGCUGUGAAGGUGGUGCUGGGGAAGAUACCAUUAUUAAAGCCAUGGAAAUGGCCUACGAAGCCGGUUGCCAGGUCAUCAAUCUCAGUCUUGGUAUAGAAAAUAGUUGGCCUGAAGAUGCCAUGGCUGUCGUUGCAGAACGUCUAACCAGACAAGGCGUCAUUGUGGUCGGAGUGGCCGGUAAUCAAGGCAGUGAUGGCAUCUACUCUCAGAAUUCGCCUGCUUCUGGAAAGCAUGUUGUUUCAGCAGCGUCCAUUGACAACUCGUUCUAUCUCUCCAAUGUCGUGCAAUUCAGUAUCAUCACUGAUAUAUAUUUCCCCUAUGUUCCAUCGUCUACCACCACAAGCUUUCCUAAUGGCACGAUUGCGCCUAUUUUAUCCGAGGACAGUUCCAUUCCCUUUGGCUGCCAGAACGAUACGUCCAUCACACCAGACAAUGCCAAGGGUCAAGUACUGUUUUUAAAGCGAGGCAAAUGUACAUUCAGUGAGAAACUGGAGAAAGCCAAGCAAAUGGGUGCCAUUGCCGUUCUUUUUUACGAUCCCGAUGUUUCAUCCAAGGCGGUGGUGGUCGCUAAAACAGAAGAGGGCAAUUUACCAUGUGCUGGUAUCGAGCUCAAGGCAGCCACUCGUCUCAUUCAAUACAUGCAAGAAAACGGCACAGCCAAGCCUAUACACAUUGGAUUCCCAGACGAGCAAAAGAUCAUCUUUCCUGAAACAGCAGGUCGCAUCUCUGAAUUCUCCAGCACAGGCCCUAAUUACGAGUUGGAUCUAAAGCCUUCAGUUACUGGCAUUGGAGGCGAUGUCUACUCUACUCUACCGUUGCACGUUACUGGUGGCUGGGGUGUCAGAUCAGGCACGUCCAUGGCCUCUCCGCAUGUAGCUGGUGCUGCUGCCCUGUUGGUCAAUUACUAUGCUCAGCAAAAGAUCAAGACGACACCAACGUACAUUAUGGAACAGUUGCAAAACCACGGUCGACUUAUCUUGUCUGAUAAUGGCAGAAUAGAGAAUCCAGUGGUGCAAGGAGCAGGGUUGAUUCAACCUUACGAUUCCAUCAUGAGCAAAUUGCAUAUUUCUCCUGCUCAGAUCAGUUUCAAUGACACCGCGUCCACCACCUACAAGGCACACACAAUGGUCAUUGUCAAUUCAGGAGAUGCACUUAUCGGCAUUGCACUGAGCAACAUUCCAUCGCAGUCCAUUCAAUCGUACGCCAACACAUCCAGUUUCAUUCCAACGGAGCCAGUGAUUAAAAACGGCUCUGUCACGGUGGAUCUCGACUUUUCAUCUACCACCAUAAACGUUCCUGCCAACUCUCAAAUCGAGGUUACUAUCCGAGUCGUUUUACCGGAUCCCAACAGCCAGACAUACCACUAUCAAAUGUAUGGCGGGUUCAUUGCCUUGACCCAGGUCGACACGCAGGAGCGCUUAGCAACUGUGCCUUACUUUGGAAUUCUAGGAAGAAUGAUUGACGUACCUGUUUUUGAUCGAGGAUACCCUUAUCUGGCUGUUUCCAAAGAAUCCGAUGCCAAGCUGGAUCCCAUCCACUCCUACGUCUACGACAUGAAUAGAAAAGUCAGUACCAAGCCAGCUGUCGUGAUACGCUUACUGUCUGGCACAGCUCAGAUGAACAUGGAUGUGUAUCAUUCCAAUGGCACAUGGAUGGGCGCCAUGGACGGCGGACCCUGGGUUUAUAAUCAGCGAAACAAGUUAUCGCAGGAGAAUUAUGACACCAGCAUUGCUUGGAAUGGAAAGAUCGUCGCAUCCGAUAAGACGAUACAAGUGCCAGAUGGCGACUACUACAUUCAACUAAGGGCAUUGAAGCAUUUUGGCAACGCUGACAAUGCAGUGGAUUGGCAUGAAUGGAAAUCAGGAUUGAUUCAAGUCAAGUCUUGA